UUGUGACUUCUAGCGGAUACGUUGUCUUGGACUAGUCACAAAAACGCCUGAUCCACGUUCAGCAGGCUAAACAUGCUCAAGGAUUAUUUCCGCCCUCGCGUUUGCUACUAGUAGACACAAAAUUGAGGAAGUAUUCUUCUUCCGACAAAUCCCGAGAAAUAUAAAAAACCCAAAGUUCAUCCAUUCCGCAAGAUACGCGACUUGGAAGUGAUAGGACGUGCGACCCGUGUGCGUUUUCUAGUCACUCCACAUGCAGACAUCUAGAGGUAUUGUUCAGGAUAUUGUUCUGUUUUGCUUGCUUUCCUUAAAAACUAGAACAUAACCAGGCAACUCCCGGUUAGUUUAGGUGUUGUUUCCUCCGUAAUUACGAUUCUCAACUCAGGAGUUUCCUGCAAUGGGAUGCUGUGGUAGCACAGAGGAUGCCGCGCGUGAACAAAAGAAAAAUGAUUUCGUGUUUUUGGUAGAAAAAGCGAGACUGGAAACCUCUGGAGGAUCGCCAGUGCACUGACAUUCUAUGGCUCCUCCUUUUUGCUAUAUUCAAUAUCGGGAUGCUCUUUAUUUGUGGUUUUGCCAUAUCCACCGGGGCAGCCUCCAGACUCAUUUCAGGGUAUGACAGCUACGGCAACAUCUGCGGGCAGAAGAAUGGCAAAAUCCCGGGGAUCGAACUCAGCGGCCAAGACCAAACCUCAAAAAAGUAUGUUUUUUUCCUGGACCCCUGCAACGUUGAUGUAGUGAGAAGGAAGAUCAAGUCCAUGGCCCUGUGCGUCUCCAGUUGUCCAGAGGCCGAACUGCAAACCUAUGAAGAUCUCAAAAAGUUCGCAGAGAGCAACGGAUCUUAUUUGUGCUCCUAUGAACUGAACCCCAGCACAUACCCCACUGAUCCAAACAGGGCUACCAAAUGUCCCAAGCUUCCAGUUCCUCCGAGUAAGUCUUUACCAGUUUUCCACCGCUGCACCCCAGCGGACAUCGCCUGCUACUCCAAGUUCGCUGAGGCCCUUAUCACGUUCGUCAGUGACAACAGUGUGCUGCACAGGGUCAUCGCUGGGGUGAUGACCUCGAAGGAGAUCAUUAUGGGGCUAUGCAUGCUCUCAUUAGUUCUCUCCAUAAUUCUCAUGGCACUGAUUCGCUUCAUCUCAGCUGUUCUGGUGUGGCUUCUCACAGCUAUUGUGGUUCUCGGAUCCCUGGGUGGUACUGGAGUUCUCUGGUGGCUCUAUGUAGACCACCGGGUAUCUGCGAACACGACUCUGCCUGCUAGCGAACUCCAGGUGGCUGAGGAUAACCAGAAGGCCCUGCUCAUCUACGCCAUAGCUGCUACAGUCUUCACGAUUGUGCUGCUCCUGCUGAUGUUCUUCAUGAGGAAGCGCGUGGCUUUGACUAUUGCGCUGUUCCGCGUCGCCAGCAAAGUGUUCGGCCACCUGCCCCUGCUUGUGAUGCAACCCUUCUGGACCUUCCUCACCCUCAUGCUCUUCUGGGUCUACUGGAUCACUGUGCUGCUCCUGCUUGGGACAGCAGGAAACCCAGUGAAAAAUAACCAGACAGGAUUGGUGGAGUUCCAGAUGGCUGAGCCUCUGCAGUACAUGGUGUGGUACCAUGCUGUGGGUCUGAUCUGGGUCAGUGAGUUCAUCCUGGCCUGCCAGCAGAUGACUGUGGCGGGGGCAGUCGUCACGUACUACUUCACAAGAGAUAAGUCGCAGUUGCCACUGACUCCCAUCGUUUCGUCGGCAAUGCGGCUGAUGCGCUACCACCUGGGCACGGUGGCAAAGGGGGCCUUCAUCAUCACGCUGGUGGAGCUCCCCCGUCUCAUCCUCACCUACAUCCACAGCCAGCUCAAAGGCAGUGAAAAUGCUUGUGCUCGAUGCAUGUUGAAAGCCUGUGUCUGCUGUUUGUGGUGUCUUGAAAAGUGCCUCAGCUUCCUGAAUCAAAACGCAUAUGUAGCUACAGCAAUAAACAGCACCAGCUUCUGUACGUCGGCCCGAGAUGCCUUCAUCAUCCUCGCUGAGAAUGCGCUUCGUGUCGCUACCAUCAAUUCUGUUGGAGAUUUUGUCCUGUUUUUAGGAAAGGUCCUGAUUGUGUCAUGCACGGCGUUCGCGGGUGUGCUGGCACUGAACUACCAACGUGAGUACACGGUGUGGGUCCUGCCGCUCAUCAUUGUGUGCAUAUUCGCCUUCCUGGUGGCCCACUGCUUCCUGUCCAUCUUCGAGAUGGUGGUGGACGUACUCUUCCUCUGCUUCGCCAUCGACACAAAGUACAACGAUGGCAGUCCCGGCAGCGAGUACUACAUGGACAAAGCGCUGAUGGAGUUCGUGGAGAGCAGCCGAAAAGCUGAAGCAGAGGGGAAGAGAGCUGCAGGUGGAGACAGCAGGGAAAUGAAACCAAUGACUCGUGCAGGAACGUCGGCAUGACGAGGAUCAGCCUUUAACACUUGUUACGCCAACAGCAGGUGCUUCUGAUGGAGUAGGCUAACGGCUUCACCAGGGAUUUUUCCUCACUAUGUGAUCUAACUACAUAAGCACCUGUGAGACAACUAUGCAUACUUCUUUUGACCGUCUUUUGUAUGACUAAAUCUGAAAUGCUUUUAGCAAUACUUUUGUAGAUAAUUUUUUUUUUUUUUGGACCUGUAAGUGGAGUCGUUUUGUAUUUAAAGGGUAUAAGUUUGAGAACUGUUAACAUAACAUAAGUUGUUGUUAUUGUUGGUUUUCUUAUGCUGUCUCAGGUUUUUUUCUAGUUGAGAUAUGUCUAUGAUUUAUUCUGUACAUCAUUCAGCUUUUAUUUAUAAUAAAAACGGUAGGCAAUCCAA